CUCGCAGAGAAAAACCUCUCAAAACCCCAGAGCUUUCUGAACGAAAAUUACAGGCAUGGCCUACGAUACCUUCUUGAAGAUAGGAGCCGAGGUCGAGGUGACCAGCCCAGAUCACACCUUGCGCGGCACUCUUUUUCCGGCGAAGAUCGUCGGAAAGGGUUCUGUGGAUACCAAAUUUCUGGUCGAAUACACUACUCUGGAGGCACAAAACGACGACGGAGAGCGACUGAGAGAGGAGGUAGAAUUGGUGCUUCUGAGGCCCUUGCCGCCUCGGGAGAGAAACUAUGCUUUCAGUUUCGGCGACAAUGUCGAUGCCUUCUUCGGCGGCGGGUGGUGGGAGGGAGCGAUCACUGAGAUCCUGGACGGCUCGAAGAAGUUUGGGGUUUAUUUCCGGUUUGCUAAGCAGCAAUUUGAAUUUGGAAAGUCCUGUUUGCGGCUUCACAGAGAAUGGGUUAAGGGAAAUUGGGUUCCACCUCUGCUGGAGAAGAAUGUAUCAGUCACUGAGGAAGCAAAAGCAAGAACAAGGUCGAAACUACAUGAAGGGACACGAGUUGAGGUCUGCAGUGAUGAAGAUGGAUUGCAAGGUGCUUGGUUCGCUGCAACUAUUGUCAAAGUGGUGGGGAAGGACACAUUUCUUGUUCAGUAUGAGACGUUAAAAACAGAGGAUGAAACAGAGUUUUUGACAGAGGAGGCUGAUAGAAAGAACAUGAGGCCUUAUCCCCCAGAAGCUGUUAAAGGUUUCAAGCUGAAUGACAAAGUUGAUGCUUUGUAUAAUGAUGGAUGGUGGGAGGGUGUGAUUUGCAAAGUCCUUAGAGGGGGACGAUAUAGAGUUUACUUCGAAGGCACAGGCGAUUAUAUGAACUUUGAUCCCUCUGAGUUAAGGCCACACCAAGAUUGGAUCGAUGAAACAUGGGUUAUGUCUUCUCAGCUAUGAUUUCUGAGAACAUUCUCGAUGAAACAUGGACUAUGUCUUCUCGGCUAUGACUUUCAAGUACCUUCUCGAUGAAACAUGGAUUAUGUGCCUUCUCAGCUUAUGACGGACUUCUGAGUACCUUCUUGGUGAAACAUGGAUUAGCCUUCUCAGCUAUGACUUUUAAGCACCUUCUUUUUGUUAAUGCUCUAUUUACUCGUGGUUUCUUAGAGAAUUCAAAGAAAGCGAGGGUUGUUUUCUUCUUGUAAAUAUCCGCUGCAUUUUUAUUGUUUUCUUGUUGUAUUUUCUUCUUUUGGAGCUAAUAAUUUUACAAAGAAAAGAUAAUUCCUGUUUC